UGUGGUGACGCUCUAAGGAGCAGCGGUGCUUCUCCCUAGCCUGUGGCGGCGGCGCUCUAGCCAGGCAUUGUGCAGGGCAAAUUCUCAGUGGUGCGGCCGGCGGGCAGCUAUGGCGGCCGUACGCGGCCUGCGAGUGUCGGUGAAGGCAGAGGCCCCGAUGGGUCCGGCUCUGGGGCUUCAGUCCCCUGAGGUGGAGUCCGGCUUGGAGCGUGGUGAGCCGGAGCCCAUGGAGGUGGAAGAGGGCGAGCUAGAGAUCGUGCCAGUGCGGCGCUCCCUAAAGGAACUGAUCCCGGACACAAGCAGAAGAUAUGAAAACAAGGCUGGCAGCUUCAUCACUGGAAUUGAUGUCACCUCCAAGGAAGCAAUUGAAAAGAAAGAACAGCGAGCCAAACGCUUCCAUUUUCGAUCAGAAGUAAAUCUUGCUCAGAGAAAUGUAGCCUUGGACCGAGACAUGAUGAAGAAAGCAAUUCCCAAAGUGAGACUGGAGACAAUCUAUAUUUGUGGAGUAGAUGAGAUGAGUACCCAGGAUAUCUUUUCCUAUUUUAAAGAAUAUCCUCCAGCUCAUAUUGAAUGGUUGGAUGAUACCUCCUGUAAUGUAGUUUGGCUGGAUGAAAUGACAGCCACACGAGCCCUUAUCAAUAUGAGCUCUCUGCCAGCCCAGGAUAAGAUAAGAAGCAGGGAUGCCUCUGAAGACAAGUCAUCUGAGAAAAGUAAAAAAGACAAGCAGGAAGAUAGUUCUGACGAUGAUGAGGCCGAAGAAGGAGAAGUUGAAGAUGAGAACCCAAGUGACGUAGAGUUGGACACAUUAUCUCAAGUAGAAGAAGAGUCUCUGUUAAGAAAUGACCUUCGUCCAGCUAACAAACUUGCUAAAGGAAAUAGAUUGUUCAUGAGAUUUGCUACAAAAGAUGACAAAAAGGAACUUGGAGCAGCCAGAAGAAGUCAGUAUUACAUGAAAUAUGGGAAUCCAAAUUAUGGAGGCAUGAAAGGAAUUCUUAGCAAUUCUUGGAAGCGAAGGUAUCAUUCCCGUCGCAUUCAGCGGGAUGUGAUUAAGAAGAGAGCUCUGAUUGGGGAUGAUGUUGGCUUGACGUCAUAUAAGCACCGACAUUCUGGUAGUUGCCUGCUCAGCUCUUGGGAAAGAUUAGUGAAUGUUCCCGAGGAACCCAUUGAGGAGGAGGAGGAGGAAGAAGAGGAAGAAGAAGACCAGGACAUGGAUGCAGAUGACCGGGUGGUGGUAGAGUACCACGAGGAGUUCCCAGCUCUCAAGCAGACUCGGGAGCGGAGCACGUCCAGGCGGUCCAGCGCCAGCAGCUCAGACUCAGAUGAGAUGGACUAUGAUCUGGAACUGAAAAUGAUUUCCACUCCCUCUCCAAAGAAAAGCAUGAAAAUGACUAUGUAUGCUGAUGAAGUAGAAUCUCAGCUGAAAAGUAUAAGGAAUUCCAUGAGGGCAGAUAGUAUAUCCACAAGUAAUAUCAAAAACCGAAUCGGUAACAAAUUGCCACCUGAGAAAUUUGUAGAUGUCCGACACCUCUUAGAUGAAAAACGUCAAUACUCACGUCCACGGCCACCAGUCAGCAAUACUAAAUCAGACAUACGCCAGCGGUUAGGAAAAAGACCGUAUUCUCCAGAGAAGGCUUUUAGUAGUGUCCCAGUGGUUCGGAGAGAGCCUUCUUCAGAUGUACAUAGUAGACUAGGUGUUCCCAGGCAAGAUGUUAAAGGCCUGUACUCAGAUACUCGGGAGAAGAAGUCAGGUAGCUUAUGGACUCGUUUAGGAUCUACACCCAAGACCAAAGAAAAGAAUAUGAAGAAAGUGGAUCACAGGGCGCCUGGCAUGGAGGAAGAUGACUCUGAGCUGCAAAGAGCGUGGGGGGCUCUGAUUAAGGAGAAAGAACAGUCUCGCCAAAAGAAGAGCCGCUGUUACCAGCACCCUUUUCCCAAGAAAAGUCAAUUCCCAGGUGCUUAUUGGACAGACUUCGAGGGGGAAGAUGAGGGAAGCUGCCAGCUCGCCCUUCCGGGAUCCUAGUGUGGGGGCGACUGUCACCGACCUGACCUCAGAGGUGCACCAGUGCUGGCCAGGUAGAUAAGAGACACAGCAUCAAUCGCGCUUCCAUUCCUCCCUGGGGGGGUUUCUGUUAGGGGCUCUUACAUUGGCUGUCAGCUUGAUGUGAAGAUCAAGUUCAGUGCUGUGGGACUUUUAGGAAUAAAAAACUGUGACUUAAGGAUAUGGGGUUGAUUUUUGUGCUAGGGUUGGGGUCAUGGGUUAAUGCUGAACAGUUUUUAAGUCUGUACGUAUUAUGUUUAAAAUUAUUAAUGAUUUAAAAGUUUAAAUUUUUAAUUUUUAUAUGUGGAAGUUCUUCCUGUUGGCUACAGGGGAAACUCAAGUGGUGUCUUCUUUUGUGCUGUUAAAUAUAUACUAUAUACUUUGGAAGAAGGAAAAGAG